AUGAUACUGAAUUUACGUAAAUCUAUAAAUUUAUCUUUCAAUUCGAUACAAAAAGUUUUAAAAACACGAAUUAUUCGAAAGUUUGGGUCAUUACAUGGGAAUCUUACAAGUAUUCGAGAAGAACUUCGAAAACUUGGCCAUGGUUCGGUAACAUUCGAUCCAAAAUAUUCACCGGGAAUAGGAUUAUUAACAUUGCAAAAUCCAGAAAGACAUAAUGCACUAAGUGGCAAGAUGAUGGCAGAAUUAUCAGAUAUUGUGGAUAAGUUAGAAAACAUUGUUCAGUCUAAUACAAAUGCUAAUUUAAAUUAUGAGAAUAAGUCAAAUAAUGAGAGUAUGUUGAAUAAAGAGAAUAAUUUAAUUGGAGUUAUCGUUACUGGAAAUUUAAGUGUAGCAAAAGAUCAUAUCUUAACUCCAGAAAACGGGAAAAAGAUGAGUUUAUUAAUGCAAGAUACACUAUUUAGAUUUGGUCAAUUACCCUUAAUUUCAGUAGCGGCAGUUGAAGGGUAUGCAUUAGGCGGUGGUGCUGAAUUGGUGACUGCCUGCGACCACAGAUGUAUUUCAGAAACCUCAAAAAUACGAUUUGUUCAAGUCAAAAUGUGUGUGAUUCCCGGAUGGGGUGGUGGAAAACGAUUAAUUGACAUCAUAGGAGAAAUCAAUGCAUUAAGAAUAAUGGGAACUAGUGAACCAAUAACCGCAAAGAAUGGGCUGGAAUUAGGAUUUGUCGACGCUAUUGCUCCACAUGGUGAAUGCGUUAAUAGAGCAUGCGAAUUUUUAGAUCGCUAUGUUUACUUUUCAGAAAGAAAUGAAGGAAAAGGUGGAAAUAGAAAUGAGGAUAGAAUAAAUUCUGUUAAAGCGGUAAGAGGAUUAAAGUCAUUAAUUUCACGGGCGAAAAAUAACGAAGAAUAUAAAAAUUUCUUGCAUUAUGAGCAUGAACUAUUCUGUUCGCUUUGGGGGCAAAAAGAAAAUGUAGACGCAGUUCUUAAAACUUCAAAAAAUAAUAAAUGA